UGUGAAUGUCGAUACUGGCCUUAUUCAGUGAUAGUUUGUUUGGACUCCUUGACGAACCAGGUCCUCCUUUAUUAUUAGAAUGUACGAGUUGUUAUUCUUGUUUUCUUGCUACUUUAAUGGGGUACUUGGAUGGCAACAGCUGCCAUUUAACCUUAGAAAUCGCAAUGAACUUCACAAUCAAUAAUGGAUUCACUGGAUCUUUAAUGGCUAUUUUAUUCGUAUAUGUCUAAGGGUUUUUCAAGUUUCAAUUAGAAGACAUCACAACUGUAGUUUUAUAAGUGUAUCAUUCUGGAGUAGCUAUGGAAUUUGCUGAAUUAAUUUUGGUAACAAAGUUGGACAAUGUUCUCCUGACCGAUAAGAGUGACGAGAACAAUAAGAUUGCUAGUAUGGAAGGAACCCUCUGUGUCACUGGACAUCAGCUUAUACUGUCCUCUCGUCAAGAUACUGGGAAGGAACUUUGGCUGUUCCAUAGAAACAUUGAUGUCCUGGAAAAGAAGUCGAACAAUCAAGGUCCUGGUGGCAGUAUAAUAUUGAAGUGCAAGGAUUUUAGAAUUCUUCAAUUAGACAUUGCUUCUACAGAGGAUCUUGGAAACCUUGUUCUGUCCUUAGAAAAUCUGUCAUUCCUAGAUCAAACAUUUCAAUAUCCUUUUUUCUACAGACCUCAACCGAGUAAUAAUUCCAUGGGUCAGAUAGAAGAUGGAUGGACAGCAUUUGCUCCAGUGUCCGAAUGGUCAAGAUUGCUUGCAACUUAUGCGGAUGAAUGGCGGAUCAGCUAUUUGAACCGUGAUUACAAAGUCUGUAAUUCAUAUCCAUCAGCAGUCAUAGUACCACGUCACAUAGAAGAUAAAGUCAUAGUGUCAUCUGCUGGUUUCAGAGAUGGUGGGAGAUUUCCCGUCCUCUGUUAUAGACACGAAGGAGGGAGUGUCUUGCUACGAAGUAGUCAACCCAUGUCUGGCGCAACAGGCAGAAGAUGUAAAGAAGAUGAGAGACUGCUAAAUGCUGUACUUGGUCCUGGGAGACGAGGAUACAUUGUGGACACAAGAUCUGCCGGCCAAGCUCAAAGCGCCAAAGCCAGAGGAGGAGGUACAGAAAUAGACGCGGCAUACCCACAAUGGCGUAAAGUGCACAAAGCUGUACCACGACCUUCUGACCUGGCAGACAGUCUUUAUAAAUUAAUAGAAGCUUGCAACGACACCAAUUGCUCAACCUCUCAGUGGCUAUCUAGAUUAGAAAAUAGUGGAUGGCUAUCCGGAGUCCAGAGCGCCCUAAAUGCGGCCUGCGUAGCUGCGCAAUGUCUUCACCAGGAAGUUGCGGCUGUUCUAGUCCACGGUGGCGCAGGACGCGAGUCCACCCUGGUGGUAACCAGUUUGACUCAAGCGAUUUUAAAUCCCGACUGCAGAACGGUACGUGGUCUACAGGCUCUAGUGGAACGUGAAUGGCUCCAAGCUGGUCAUCCAUUUUUUACCCGCACUCGUCAUGGACCGUAUCAUUCCCACUCUCAGAGUUCUUCACAUUCUCCCACCUUCCUGCUAUUCCUCGACUGUCUCCAUCAGCUGCACCAGCAGUUCCAGAUGAGCUUCGAAUAUACUACGGACUUACUCAUAGCAUUAUUCAAGCAUGCUUACUGCUCCAACUACGGGACAUUUCUAGGGGAUAGCGAAGCCGAGAGGAUUCGUUUGAGGCUCUCCGAACGCACCGGUAGUCUUUGGUCGUACAUCAAUCAACCAGACGUACUAGAAAAAUGGCUAAAUCCACUGUACGAACCAAAUCCUGGCGUUAUAUGGCCAAGCGUAGCUUCAGUUAGUAUACAAUUAUGGCGAGAACUGUAUCUCGCCCAUACUAGCGCAGCGCCCUGGACAGGAAUGCUCUCUUCCAUUAGGGAGAUCAAACAGAAUCACACAACGAUACGCAAAAUAGCUGGUCAAUUACAAGGACAAGUGAGGCAAGUUCUAGAAGAGAUCAACAACAUAUCAGACGAGGAUCUCAUACAGCUGUCUCGAUUGAAUCUGGAGGCGCAGAGUACUUGAUAGAGAGUACGAAGUGAAAGAGAAACCAAAAAGGAAAUUAAGAUAAAAGAAAUGUCCUGGCGUAUAUCUGCCGGACUGCCACUUAUUACCCUAUGUCGAUUCAAUUGCCUUUUUUUUUAUCAAAAAAUAAUAUUCGACUUUUGUGAAUAUUUUCGCACUGUGCAUCUAAACUUCUAGCCGUAUAAAAUUCUUGAUCAAGUAAUAAAAAGACUACUACCGCGAUACUGAAAACAAAGAAAUAGCGAAGUUCAAAGGAAUGUCCCGUGCCUAUGAAGAACGAGUGCUCUACGUGAAUUCCAGGAGGGUUCUCAUGAGCAUAAAAGGAGUUGUGGUAUCGAGUAAGGCUUGAUGGGGAAAAAAAAAACGUAAAAGUUAUU